CGAGCCUCGCCGCUGGCUCAGCUGCCGCGCCCGGCCUCCUGAUUGGCUGCCGCCGCGCACACAGCAGAGCACGAGUGGUUGUUCGCCCCAGAGGCCGCCAUGUGGCUCGCGGCUGUUCUGGCGCUGUGCAUCGUGGUCCUGCUAUGGCUGAGGACGCGGCGACCCAGGAGGUUCCCGCCUGGUCCUCCGAGCCUGCCGCUGAUCGGCUCGCUGCUGUCGGCGCCCAGGCGGCUCGUGCACCUCAAGAUGGCGGAGUGGCGCGGGCAGUACGGCCCGCUGGUGGGCCUCAUGAUGGGCUCGCAGCCCAUGGUGCUGGCGUGCGGGCCCGAGGCCGCGCGCGAGAUGCUGCGCCGCGAGGAGUUCCAGGGCCGCCCGGACGGCUUCUUCUUCAGGGAGCGCUCCUUCGGCCAGAGGCUCGGUGUGAUAUUCAGUGACGGUCCCUUCUGGGUGGAGCAGCGACGCUUCACGCUGCGUCACCUCCGGGACCUGGGCUUCUCCAAGUCCAUCAUGACGACAGUGAUGCACGACGAGUUUGAAGAGCUCGCCAGGGAGAUGAAGGAACAAGGAAUUGUGCAGGUGUCGGGCCGGUUCAACCUGGCCGUGGUGAACGUGCUGUGGGCCGUGGUGGCCGGCCAGCGCUUCAGUCACGACGACCGCCGCCUGCUGGUGGUGCUGGACCGCCUUCAGCGCGCCUUCAGGGCCGGAGACCCCGCGGGCAACCUCUACUCCGUUCUCCCCGCGCUCAGACACCUCGCGCCGAGCAAGUCGGGCUACCGCCUCAGCAAGCAGUCCAUCGCGGAGAUACAGCAGCUGCUCAGGGAAAUAAUCCAGGACCAUGAAAAAAAGCUUCAUAUUGACCACCCAAGAGAUUUCAUCGACAUUUAUUUGAGAGAAAUACAAAUGCAUAAAGGAAAUGGAAAUUCAACUUUCACAGAGGAGGGCCUGAUCACACUUUGCCUGGACCUCUUCACGGCUGGCUCUGAAACCGUCAGCAACACCCUGGGUUUCUGCCUGCUCUACAUGGUGCUGUACCCAGAAGUUCAGAAAACUGCUCAAGAAGAACUGGACAGAGAAGUAGGAAGCCGAAAGCCUCUUCUGGAAGACCGAAUUAGGCUUCCCUACGUGGAGGCGGUGCUGGCCGAGGUGACCCGGAUCAACGGAGUUGCCCCCGUGACGGCUCCCCACCGCUGCACCCAGGACACCAGCUUCCUGGGCUACGUCGUCCCCAAGGACGCCAUGGUGAUGGCGAGCCUGCACUCUCUGCACCACGACCAGGAGCACUGGGGCGACCCGGAGGUGUUCCGCCCGGCCCGCUUCCUCGACGCCGAGGGCAACUACGUGCGCGACGACUGGUGCUGCGUGUUCAGCCUGGGCAAGCGCGCCUGCCUGGGCGAGGCGCUGGCGCGCAACUCGCUGUUCGUGUUCUUCGCCUGCCUGCUGCAGGAGUUCUCCUUCAGCCUGCCCGAGGGCGACCCGCCGCCGUCCACGUGGCCGCAGUCCGGCCUCACGACGGCUCCUCAGCCCUUCCGCGUGCGCGUGUCCUGCCGCGCCUGAGGACCUCUUACCACGGCAAGUGUCCUGCCGCGCCUGAGGACCUCUUAUACUUGCGCGUGUCCUGCCGGGCCUGAGGACCUCUUCCACGGCGCGUGUCCUGCCGCGCCUGAGGACCUCUUCCACGUGCGCGUGUCCUGCAGGGCCUGAGGACCUCUUAUACUUGCGCGUGUCCUGCCGGGCCUGAUGACCUCUUAUACUUGCGCGUGUCCUGCCGCGCCUGAGGACCUCUUACCACGGCAAGUGUCCUGCAGGGCCUGAGGACCUCUUCCACGGCGCGUGUCCUGCCGUGCCUGAUGACCUCUUCCACGGCGCGUGUCCUGCCGGGCCUGAUGACCUCUUCCACGGCGCGUGUCCUGCCGGGCCUGAGGACCUCUUCCACGGCGCGUGUCCUGCCGUGCCUGAGGACCUCUUCCACGGCGCGUGUCCUGCCGCGCCUGAGGACCUCUUAUACUUGCGCGUGUCCUGCCGGGCCUGAUGACCUCUUCCACGGCGCGUGUCCUGCCGGGCCUGAUGACCUCUUCCACGGCGCGUGUCCUGCCGGGCCUGAGGACCUCUUCCACGGCGCGUGUCCUGCCGUGCCUGAGGACCUCUUCCACGGCGCGUGUCCUGCCGCGCCUGAGGACCUCUUAUACUUGCGCGUGUCCUGCCGGGCCUGAUGACCUCUUCCACGGCGCGUGUCCUGCCGGGCCUGAUGACCUCUUCCACGGCGCGUGUCCUGCCGGGCCUGAUGACCUCUUAUACUUGCGCGUGUCCUGCCGGGCCUGAUGACCUCUUCCACGGCGCGUGUCCUGCCGGGCCUGAGGACCUCUUCCACGGCGCGUGUCCUGCCGCGCCUGAGGACCUCUUCCACGGUGCGUGUCCUGCCGGGCCUGAGGACCUCUUAUACUUGCGCGUGUCCUGCCGGGCCUGAUGACCUCUUCCACGGCGCGUGUCCUGCCGGGCCUGAGGACCUCUUCCACGGCGCGUGUCCUGCCGCGCCUGAGGACCUCUUCCACGGCGCGUGUCCUGCCGGACCUGAGGACCUCUUCCACGGCGCGUGUCCUGCCGCGCCUGAGGACCUCUUCCACGGCGCGUGUCCUGCCGGGCCUGAGGACCUCUUCCACGGCGCGUGUCCUGCCGGGCCUGAUGACCUCUUCCACGGCGCGUGUCCUGCCGGGCCUGAGGACCUCUUCCACGGCGCGUGUCCUGCCGGACCUGAGGACCUCUUCCACGGCGCGUGUCCUGCCGGGCCUGAGGACCUCUUCCACGGCGCGUGUCCUGCCGGGCCUGAUGACCUCUUCCACGGCGCGUGUCCUGCCGGGCCUGAGGACCUCUUCCACGGCGCGUGUCCUGCCGCGCCUGAGGACCUCUUCCACGGCGCGUGUCCUGCCGGACCUGAGGACCUCUUCCACGGCGCGUGUCCUGCCGCGCCUGAGGACCUCUUCCACGGCGCGUGUCCUGCAGGGCCUGAGGAAUUCUUCCACGGCGCGUGUCCUGCCGCGCCUGAGGACCUCUUCCACGGCGCGUGUCCUGCCGCGCCUGAAGACCUCUGCCACGUGCACGUGUCCUGCCGCGACUGAGGACCUCUUAUACUUGCGCGUGUCUUGCCGGGCCUGAGGACCUCUUAUACUUGCGCGUGUCCUGCCGGGCCUGAUGACCUCUUCCACAGCGCGUGUCCUGCCGCGCCUGAGGACCUCUUACCACGGCAAGUGUCCUGUAGGGCCUAAAAACCUCUUCCACGGCGCGUGUCCUGCCGGGCCUGAUGACCUCUUCCACGUGCGUGUGUCCUGCCACGCCUGAGGACCUCUUCCACGUGCGUGUGUCCUGCAGGGCCUGAGGACCUCUUCCACGGCACGUGUCCUGCCGGGCCUGAUGACCUCUUCCACGUGCGUGUGUCCUGCCGGGCCUGAGGACCUCUUCCACGGCGCGUGUCCUGCCGGGCCUGAGGACCUCUUAUACUUGCGCGUGUCCUGCCGGGCCUGAGGACCUCUUCCACAGCGCGUGUCCUGCCGGGCCUGAGGACCUCUUAUACUUGCGCGUGUCCUGCCGGGCCUGAGGACCUCUUCCACGGCGCGAUGUUCUUGGACUGUGGUGGGCAUAACCAUGCGCUCCUGCCUGCCUCCGUUGACUCGUUUAACAUUAGCGAGUACCUAAGGGAAUGGGCGAACAAUUGUCAGCACCUGCUACUCGUUCGGCUAAUUGUCUCCGUAUAUUUUCUCUCGGUACGUUCAAACAUUCCCAUGUAGGAUUUAUACAAAUAUGCUUGUUUGUAUAUUUGAGUACUCGUACUUUGUUACAAUUCCAAUGUUUCUUCUGAAGAACUCUUCCAUAUCCAACACUUUUUUAAGAGAGCAAAUUUUUUAAAAUAAAUUUUAUGUAGUAAAAAUAAUGUCUGUUCAGGUUAUUUUGGUUUCUCUUUACUGGCAACAUUUUAUACAUUAGCUUGUAAUAUUGCUCUUUAUGUUUAGAUAUUUAGGAUUAAAUAAUUAAUGGGAUAAUCUACAAUCUGAAAGAAAAGUGGUUGAGUUGGUGACAGAAAAUACAUUGUAAACUAUAAGAGAAUGUAACGAUUGUAACUGUGUAUUUUAUAUUUUGGUGGUAGUAGUUUAUUAUUUGUGUGUCUUACGGGCUGUGAGCCGAGUCGCAGGCGUCGAGAGGGAUCAACGCCAGUGAUGGGCGUGUUUGGAAACCUGGGACGCGAUGACCGUUUCGAAUUUACGUUAACGAACUAUGGUUUUCGACACUACUACGUAUUUUGCAUGAUGACGACGUUUUCCAUUUGGUGUGAUUCACACUGAAUGGAGUGAGAGUGUACCAUCAUGGCACGCCUUCUGUCAACGGAGUGUGCACAUUUUGCACACAAUAACGAGGUAUCUGCAGCCCUUUGUCGGGACUCCUGAUGAAGAAUUAAAUUGCCUAAGUUAUUCCUCAACUUUACCGCCUGAGUUUUGAAAAGUUUUAUAUAAUUUGCAAAUUUAAAAUUUAAACUAAAAAAUCUAAAUGUCUUGUUUAGUGGCAACGUCAAAUGAAGAGCCCGUGUGUGCACUAGUAAUAACUUGAAGGCAAUCUUUAAAAAAGGCCUUUCAAAUUUCAAAACGACGUGAACUAAUGAGAAAGUAACGUAAUUUUAAAGAAAUGGUAAAUCCACACGCGCAUUAAGAGAACUGGAACAAUUAAUUCAAAUCAAAGCCUGGGCUUAAGCAAAGUAAUUUUGUAUAAUAUGUAAUUGUUAUAGUUUAUGUCAUGUAACCACAAUAAUGUUUUUAUUUUCAUUCUUUUAGGUUUUUUUAAUUGCCAUGUUUCUUAAGUAUAAUGGUAAUCAUUUAAUUAAUUGUUCAUUCUACUAUGGUAGUUCUAUUUUUAGUUUUAUUAUUUAGUUUUAUUUUGGAUUUGUCCUUUUUGCAAUAACAAAUUCGCCGUCCUGGUAUUAUUGUAUAAAGAAAAUACCUGUUAGUGUUAAGCGAUGUAUUAUAAGAAUAAAAAAACUUAAUUCAUA